AUGGACGAAGAGGCUAAGUUGCAUGCUGUCGUUGCUGGUGAGGGGGCAGAACCUGCUAUUGCUGCUUGCCGAGAUUCUGUCCAUGCUUCAGAUGCAGCAACCUCCUCCAUUGCCGCCGGACUCAUGAUGUGCCCUGUUGUUGAGAGCGAGAAUCGAGAGUCAAAGAGGGCCAAGGCAGUGAAAGUGAAUGUGAAUGCGGAUGGGGUUGAGGACACGUUGAACAAGACUACUACAGCUACUACUUGUACUCCUUCUGCUUUGAAGAAGGGUAUUAUUGACUACACUACCACCAAAGGUGUGGACCCUUUUACCGACAUGAAUGCUUUUUUCCUUUUCAUCGAGAAUCCUAUUCAUGUUUAUGAUACCAAGACCCAAUUGUCUGACAAAGUUCGCAAGUUAAAGAACAAAUACAAGACCAAUGCCACCAAAGCUAAAUUGCCCUCUAACCCCCAUGACCAACAACUCUAUGAUUUGUCCCAAAAGAUCUGGGAUUUUCAAACUAAUGCAGGUAAACCUGAUACCACUAACAAUAACAAGGACAUGGUUCAUGGGAAACCAAUUCUAAAAGAGGGUGCUCUUAACAAGAUGGCAGAAAUUGAAAGAGAAUUGAAGAAGCUUUAA